AUGCUGUCACUACGGGGGCACACGCGGUUAGCCCGCCCGUUCGCUCAAAGGAAUUCCAAAGCAUGUUCGCGUCAGCUCAAUCUCCCGGCACAAGCGCUCCGGAGCCCAAUACACAUAUGCCGACAAUAUUUUAAUACGCCAUACCCGGGCUGGUUCCCAUCUGCGCACGUAUCCACGAAACUCCACUCUGCAUCCCACAGUUCGCCGCGGUGGGCUCUUCGUUUUGCCUCCGCCAAACCCAUCCUCAGGCAACGAAGUAGGGUUGUGCAGGCUAUAUACAAUAUUUUUACAUAUUGUGGCAUUUUUGCAAUAUUUAGCGGAGCGCUUGUCGCCGGUUUUUUUAUCUACGAUGCGAGCACCUACCGUCACGACUUAAAUUUGCAGGAUAUCCCCGUCUCUGAAUUGGCGCUGAACCCCCGUCGAGGUGGACCUAAAAACCUUCCAAUUGCAGGUGUGCUGGUUGAUGACCAUGAUUCAGAAGCUAUGGAGGAACAAAGGGACAAACCGAGGCUGGUUAUCUUGGGAACAGGCUGGGGAAGCGUAUCUCUUUUGAAAACGUUGCACCCCGGUGAUUACCAUGUAACAGUGGUAUCCCCAGUCAAUUAUUUCUUGUUCACUCCUAUGCUACCUGCUGCGACUGUUGGGACGCUUGGCUUGAGAUCUUUAGUGGAGCCGAUCAGACUGAUUUUGCAGCGGGUUCAUGGACACUUCCUGUGCGCUGAAGCAGUGGAUGUUGAUUUUUCAGAGAAACUUGUAGAGGUAUCACAGAUAGAUAGCAGUGGGAAGGAACGACGUUUCUAUUUGCCUUAUGAUAAGUUGGUCAUUGGCGUUGGUAGGUCUAUCUCCUAUAUACUUCCUGAUUUCCCCUCCGUGGUUGAUAUUAACAAAAGUUUUGAAGGGUCAACAACGAAUCCGCAUGGGGUAAAAGGCCUUGAACAUUGUAAUUUCUUGAAAACCAUCGAUGAUGCGAGGAAAAUCAAAAACAAAGUCGUGGACAAUUUGGAACGGGCCUGUCUCCCUACAACAAGCGAUGGGGAGAGGAAAAGAUUACUUUCGUUCGUGGUUUGCGGCGGCGGACCAACGGGCGUCGAGUUCGCCGCAGAAAUCUUUGAUAUGCUCAAUGAGGAUUUGCUCCGGGCAUUUCCCCGGAUUCUCAGGAAUGAAAUCUCGGUGCACCUUAUUCAAAGCCGCUCUCAUAUUCUGAAUACGUACGACCAAACGCUCUCCGAAUACGCGGAGCGACGUUUUGCAAGCGAUCAAGUCGACGUCCUCACCAACUCGCGAGUUAAAGAGGUCAAAGCAGACAAAAUUCUCUUCACCCAAAUCGAAGACGGAAAGCAGGUUUUAAAAGAGAUCCCCAUGGGCUUCUGCCUUUGGUCAACGGGAGUUUCACAAACUGCACUCUGCAAAAGACUUGCUGAGAAGCUCGAUGCGCAGACUAACAAGCUGACACUUCUAACGGAUUCCCAUCUUCGGGUCAACGGAGCCCCACUGGGCGACGUAUAUGCAAUUGGAGAUUGCUCCAGCGUCCAAAACAACGUGGCAGAGAAUAUCGUAUCGUUUCUCCGAACCAUUGCCUGGGAAAAGGGCAAAGACCCAGAAAAGGUCCACCUCACAUUCGCAGAAUGGCGGAACGUAGCCCAGCGUGUGAAGAGGAGAUUUCCACAAGCAGCAAGCCAUCUACGUCGCUUGGACAGACUUUUCGAACAGUAUGACAAAGAUCGCAGCGGCACUCUUGAUUUCGAUGAACUUCGUGAAUUGCUGCUUCAAAUCGACUCCAAAUUGACGUCAUUGCCUGCGACUGCACAAAGAGCCAAUCAACAAGGCAAAUAUCUAGGCCGCAAAUUCAACAAGAUUGCCCAGGCCAUGCCUGGCAUGAGAGCUAACGAGAUUGAUUAUGGUGACCUUGACGAGGCAGUCUAUAAGGCCUUUCAAUAUAAACAUCUUGGCAGCCUGGCAUAUAUCGGCAACGCAGCAGUGUUUGACUUCAAUGGAAUGGGUUGGGGAGGCGGAUUGAUGGCUGUGUAUCUUUGGCGGAGUAUUUAUUUCGCGCAGAGCGUCAGUUUGCGAACGAGGAUUUUGUUAUCGAUGGACUGGGCGAAGAGAGCUAUGUUUGGAAGAGAUAUGAUGAGCUUCUAA